GGGCUCUCGAUAUAAUUUGUAAACAAAACAAACAAUUCAAUAGAUUAAAAAAUAAAAAUAAUUCCUGCCUUGUAAAAUGAAACGCCUCAGUACAAAUGUUACACAAAAACAACUAAGGGCGCUGGCGGUGAAGCAUGGAAUGAAAGAAACAUCUAACUCAACCGAAAAAAUAGAAUCGCCGCUAAUGAAAGUUGAUUCCAAAGGACAAUUGAUUUGUGUCAUUUGUCGAACACCACUCAAAUCGGCCAAUAUCUGGAAAGUUCAUGUAAAUUCCAAAGCUCAUAAGAACAAUGUGCAAGCAGCUAAAGAACUGAAGACGACACUAUUAAAUGCUGGAUCAUCACUGAAAACUAACACCACUGCCACCACUACUAAGACAGCAGAUGUUCCACUGAAAGUUGCGACAACGAAAGAAACAGCGCUGAAAACGAAGAGUGUCCCGACAGAAAGUGCUCCAACAAAACAAACAACAACUCCAGCAGUAAGUGCCAAAGGUACCGAAGUUCAAGAUAAAGCAUCAAACGAUCCCUUACCAGCUGAGUUCUUUGAUAGUAAUACCACUGAAACCAAAGGCCAGAAUGCCGACACUAAGGAUGCUGAAUGGGAAUUAUUCCAGAAAGAGAUAAAAGAAGUUGCCGAAGCUUCAUAUGAAAUUUUUGUUGCCGACCAAAAAGAACUGGCUGUGGAAAAAGAACUCGUCGAGAUCGAUGAACAAAUCCACCACUGGUCGAAAGUUUUGGAAUUGGAAGAGAAGAGGAAAAAGCUCAAUAAAGCAGUUGAAAAAACGAAACCUGGUCACAAUUCGGACGAUUCAAGUGACGAGGUAUCCGAAGCGGAAGAUUUCGACGAGUAUAGUGAUUGGAGGGCAAAGAGGUUUUGAAUAGAAAAAAUACAAUUAUCCAUUUGUUUACCAUGUAAAAUAAAAUUUACAAAAUGUUUUUUAUUAAAAAUUGCUAGUAAUAUUGAA